GGAUGAGAUUUGGCUUUGGAGUGCUGGGAACCUGAGGAAUUGCUGAGCACUCAGACACCAGCCUGACCACUAGAGAGCCCACAACACAAUGAACAAAUUGAACUUCCAUAACAACAGAGUCAUGCAAGACCGCCGGAGUGUGUGUAUUUUCCUUCCCAAUGAUGAAUCUCUGAACAUCAUCAUAAAUGUUAAAAUUCUGUGUCACCAGUUGCUGGUCCAGGUGUGUGACCUGCUUAGGCUAAAGGAUUGUCACCUCUUUGGACUCAGUGUUAUACAAAAUAAUGAACACGUAUAUAUGGAGUUGUCACAAAAGCUUUAUAAGUAUUGUCCAAAAGAAUGGAAGAAAGAGGCCAGCAAGGUACGACAAUACGAAGUCACUUGGGGUAUUGACCAGUUUGGGCCUCCUAUGAUUAUCCACUUCCGUGUACAGUACUAUGUGGAAAAUGGCAGAUUGAUCAGUGACAGAGCAGCAAGAUUCUAUUAUUACUGGCACCUGAGAAAACAAGUUCUUCAUUCUCAGUGUGUGCUCCGAGAAGAGGCCUACUUCCUGCUAGCAGCCUUUGCCCUGCAGGCUGAUCUUGGGAACUUCAAAAGGAAUAAGCACUAUGGAAAAUACUUUGAGCCGGAGGCUUACUUCCCAUCUUGGGUUGUUUCCAAGAGGGGGAAGGACUACAUCCUGAAGCACAUUCCAAACAUGCACAAAGAUCAGUUUGCACUGACAGCUUCUGAGGCUCAUCUUAAAUAUAUCAAAGAGGCUGUCCGACUGGAUGACGUUGCCGUUCACUACUACAGAUUGUAUAAGGAUAAAAGGGAAAUUGAGGCUUCACUGACCCUUGGAUUGACCAUGCGGGGAAUACAGAUUUUUCAGAAUUUAGAUGAAGAGAAACAAUUACUUUAUGAUUUCCCCUGGACAAAUGUUGGAAAGUUGGUUUUUGUGGGUAAGAAAUUUGAAAUUUUGCCAGAUGGCCUGCCCUCAGCCAGGAAGCUUAUAUACUACACAGGGUGCCCCAUGCGCUCCAGACACCUCCUGCAACUUCUGAGCAACAGCCACCGUCUCUACAUGAAUCUGCAGCCUGUCCUGCGCCACAUCCGCAAGCUGGAGGAAAAUGAAGAGAAGAAGCAGUAUCGAGAAUCUUACAUCAGCGACAACCUGGACCUCGACAUGGACCAGCUGGAAAAGCGGUCGCGGGCCAGUGGGAGCAGCGCAGGCAGCAUGAAGCACAAGCGCCUGUCUCGUCACUCCACUGCUAGCCACAGCAGUUCCCACACCUCUGGCAUCGAGGCAGACACCAAGCCCCGGGACACAGGGCCCGAGGACAGCUACUCUGGCAGCGCCAUCCACCGCAAGCUAAAAACCUGCAGCUCAAUGACCAGCCAUGGCAGCUCCCACACUUCAGGGGUGGAGAGUGGCGGCAAGGACCGACUGGAGGAGGACUCACAGGAUGACGAAAUAGAAAUGUUGGUUGAUGACCCCAGGGACCUGGAGCAGAUGAAUGAAGAGUCUCUGGAAGUCAGCCCAGAUAUGUGCAUCUAUAUUACGGAGGACAUGCUCCUGUCACGGAAGCUGAAUGGACACUCUGGGUUGAUUGUGAAAGAAAUUGGCUCUUCCACCUCCAGCUCUUCAGAAACAGUUGUCAGACUUCGUGGCCAGAGCACUGAUUCUCUCCCACAGACUAUAUGUCGAAAACCAAAGACCUCCACUGAUCGACAUAGCUUGAGCCUUGAUGACAUCAGACUUUACCAGAAAGACUUCUUGCGCAUUGCGGGUCUGUGUCAGGACACUGCUCAGAGUUACACCUUUGGAUGUGGCCAUGAACUGGAUGAGGAAGGCCUCUACUGCAAUAGCUGCUUGGCUCAGCAGUGUGUCAACAUCCAAGAUGCUUUUCCAGUCAAAAGAACCAGCAAAUACUUCUCUCUGGAUCUCACUCAUGAUGAAGUUCCAGAGUUUGUUGUAUAAAGUCCAACUGCGUGCAGCCGUAUGGGCAGCCUGCUGUGUGCUGGAGGCUGUGAAUGUUGUGGGUUCUUUACAUACUACUUGUGCCAUAUUUUCCUUACCCCAAACAUAGCUCUUUCUUUAUAAUAUUUACAAUGGAAACAAAAGCCUUGUGACAGUUGCACUUUAAGUAUUACACAGAGGUAAAAGAACUACAGAGAAUGUACAGCAAGACAAGUGCCAGAAGUUCAUUGAUCCUUUGCAAGGAAGUGCUCUUUACUGGUUACCAAGCCUUCAGAGUAUUGGACUAUGGUGUGUUUGUUCAUCUGUUGCUUUUUAAUCCAGUUACACAUAACAUCACAUUUUUUAUCACUUGAAAGAUACUGUUAGGUUUAUUUGUUUUCUUGUAAAUUUUUUUACGACUCCCUCAUGAAAUGCUCAUGGUUUGAGGGAGGAGAGAGGGAAGGUUCUCUCUUCUUUCAAUGGAGAAACCUUACCUAGUAUAUAGCCAUUACUGCCUCACUGAGGCGGUCCCAAAGUGAACACUAAUGAAGUGAUCAAAAUCAUGUGGUUCUAGCAAGCCAAAGAUAUGUAUGAAACAGAAGCACGCUGAGUCGAGAAGACGUGAAUCAAGCAAUAACCAGAAGACUGUGCAUGCUGUGAUCCCUAGUGACUCCUUUAUACCUGCUGAGUGCCAUGUGCUCCUCUUUGCUCUUCCACAAAGCUCUAGGACUCAGCUGAGUUCCUCAUCCAAGUAACUGAUUAAUUAUGUUCAUGUCAUAGUGCAUUUUUGUGGAGUUUACAAAACUGGUUUCUGUUAAAUUUAUGGAAAUAUCUUAGAAAAUGUUUGUGGUUGGUGGUGUUUUUUGUUUGGUUGGAUUUUGUUUUUGUUUUUGUUUAAUUUUCAAGAGCAAAUUAUGGUAAUGCUAGUUUCUGCUUAACCAAAAUACCCUAACUAUAUGUAUAUGUUAUACAUAUAAAUACAAGGGAUUGUGUGUGUUUAUAUGUGUUUAAAGCUUACUAACUUUUCACUUUGGCUUCCAUCACCAUCUAGUAUACAUAAAAUCCCUUGUUUAAUAUUGAGGAUACAUCACUGAAUGAAUGAUACCUAUGGACAAUCAGUUAAAAUAUGUAGAGUUAAGAAUGACUUUCCUCAUGUGCCUUUGGCCAUGAUUCUCAGCCCUGAUUGCAUAUUAGAAUUAUUUUGGGAGCUUUUAAAAAAAUAACAAUGUUUGGGUCCCACCCCAGACCAAUUAAAUUAGUCUCUUGUGGCGGGACCCUGGUGGAAUUGCCUUUUCUUUCAAAGUUCUCCAGAUGGAAUUUAUAUGCAACAGAGUUGAAAACCACUGAUUUAGAGUGUGUCUUUUCGUUAAGUUUGAAGUAAAGAUAUACAGGAGAUGGUAACAUACAAGAAAGGGCCAUUUUUCAGAUAGUUACCGCUGUGCUGCCGUUAUAAUAUAUAAUGAAAUCAAGUCAGGAGAGUGAAUUUAUCAACCUUUUGAAGUAUAGUAAAAACGUUGCUCACACUUUAGGAGAGUACUUCAUAGCACAAUGUCUUUCUAUGAGAUUUUUUAAUGAUUUAGUAUUUUACAACAUUUGUUUACCAUGUUUUGAUAUACCAUUUUUUCUAUCUGCCAGGUUUUAUUAAAAAAAACCAAACUAUAUAUUAUUUUCUAAAGAAAUAGUCAUAUUUUUGUACAAAAUUAUGUUCUCAGAUAAAAAAGAAAUAGAUUUAGGGUACAGCAGAACAUAAGCAGUGUUACCUGAGGAUGGGAGUCAGUAUUAUAAAACAAAUGGUGAACACGGACACACCCCCUCUGUGCUGCCCCCUCCUGCACCAGGCGCGGGUGUGCUUGCAACAGAGCCUUGUCAAAUUAGUUUCACCUGACACUUUAAAAGGAAAAAGGUUCUACAGAGUUCCGUGGUCAUGAAAUUAUUUUGUUUUCAUCAAAUGCUUUAAAAGAACCAAAGUUUCAGAUAUCAGAAUGUAUAAAAAUAUCUCAGUCUCUCUAAAAGUAUGAAAGGAUUAUUUAAUGUCUGUUUUACUUUUAAGUCAUUAAAUAAUCCACUGUUUCUUAGAAAUGCUUAAGAGACAAAUCCAGGUGAAGUUUGUACUCUAAAGAGUUUAGAUCAUAAUUCAGUGCAUUUCCUUAGCUCCUAGUGUUUCUUGCAAACAUUAAAAAAAAAAAAAAAUUAAACAGGUAGCGCUUUAUACUUUAUUUUCUCUCUACUUCAGCCAGAAUCAGGUCUUCAGGGUUUUGCCAGCAUUGUCGAUGGUUUUGCACACCCUCUUUCUAAUUGGAUUUGUGAAUAGUCUUAUGGGUUUUCAAAAAUGAAACAUGUUAAAGAACAUUCUUGCUUUUUGAUCCACUGUUUGCAGCAGAAUAAUAUAUAUGUAUAUGAAAAUCCACUUUGAAUAAUCUACAUUUUUGUAUUUGGAAAUUGUUUUAAAAAAUAAAACAGGAAAAGAAAAGUAUAAAGCUGUUAUUUAUUCUACAUUUGUUACAUAUCCAUUGCUAGUCAGUAUACCAGUUUGGUAUAUAUUGCCUCUACACAUCCACAUUUGUAUUUCCAGCAGUGAGCUUUAUAUCUACAUAAACUGUAAAUAAUCCUUUCUGUGAAAGGAUCAUCAUAUCAGGAUGAUACCAAAAGUAUGUAAAAACUGCAUUAUUUUGUAAUUAUUUCUUAUAGGUAUUUCAUGGUAAGAUUAGCAGUCAAUAAAGUUACUUUUUUUGCCUUUAAA